AACGAACUCUGCCGAACACCGUGGACCAAAACACCUCUGCUGGUGGUGAUUUGGUGAAGGUCAAGCAACACACUGAAGAUGCUUCAGGUACUAAUGGAAGUAUUGCCCAACAUUCAUGUAGGCAAUAUCUACAUAACACUACCUGAACACUCUGAGUCUUGUCGAGAUGUCCAUGUUGAGAAGUCUAAAUGUGUGGUGCAAUUGCAAUCUGACCAGGAGGUGUGCUUGAACCUGCCAAGAGGAACAAGUUUGAAGCCAGAUGUGGUGAGGUCAGUCAGCCAAGAAGGACAAGUGGUCACUGUCAGAGUACAGCUUGAUGAAUGGACAUCCCUGAUAAGUACCUUAGCUUCUGAUCUUAAGAAUGAUUCUGACUUGCAAUCAGUGGUUCCAUUGUCUAGCACUCUUUGUAAUACUGAGUUGCAGGGCCAUUGCAAGCAGUGCAAACAACGAGUGUUUGAAUGUAUAAGAUUCCAGAGAGUGCUGCCCCUGCCCUCUGUGGACUGGGAACAGGCCUCAGAAGAUUGGUUUUGCCACAUACACAAGGAAGAUGGAGAGAAACUGAAACCAGCCUGUCUUCAGCCUGAAGAAGAUGAUUGUUUCUACACAGAAUUAUUUUUCCUGCUUCACCCCAGUGUAAUGGAGUACAUGAAACAUACCGUAUCCACCUGUGGCCCAGAAAUAAACUGUGCCAAGUGUAACACUUCCCUUGGUGUGCACCAGCAUCAGUCAGUGAAAAUGUGGACUCAUAAUCUGGUGUGGAGAAGGGAGGAGGGAGAUAUAGUGCACAAUACAGACAUCAGUGCAAUAAUGCUGAUGUUGUUUCAAAAUAUUGAUAAAGAUAAUUUUGGUGUAAACUGUAGACUUGUUCUUCAGCUUCCAACAGUGCCAAGGAGGUACUUGUACAUGGUGACAAUGAACACCAACCAGAAACUUUUGAUUUGUGAGGAGGAUUUAAAUUUGUUUCACACAGGAGGGAAUCAGAAGGAGAAUCAGUGUAAGGAGAACUUACCUGAGGGAGGUGUGGCAGCCAAGCGCACCCGAAGAAGUGGCCAGACUGAGAUGAAGCUGCAGGCCGUGUUUGGAGUGAAACUGUUGUAUGUGGAGAAGGAGGGUGAUGAUGAGGAGAGUGGGGAGUGGGCUGAUAGUGUGCAUGUCCACCUCAUCCCUUGCAGUGACUCUUUCUUCUCAGGAGUCAAGGCUCUGCUAGACACAACCAACAGCUGCUUGCCAGAAAAUAUCAGACAUGUGGAAAAGAUGAAAGUUGGCUACAUCAUCAAAUAAGACAUUAAUGAACAAUAAUAAAUGUUUUUAUAUAAA